AUUUCUAACCCGUAAUUUCUGUCUGUUGUGGCCGUGAUAUGGGGUCACCGAGGCUUUUGCCUUGCCUUUGCCCGGGAGCGGACAUCUCGUAAUCCUCCUCCUCUCCUUUGAACUUCUCUCACCACCCGCGCGCCCCAAGGAACCGCCAUCCUCAAGCGUAUCAGCGCCAACCGACCUCCACGGGAGAGAUCACUUAAUCUUCUCUUUGAGCUUGAAGUUUCUCGGUUCUCUGGCCCUUCCACUUUGGUCCGAUCUUGUCUUCGUUGGACACCUGCCUGGUCGCCGGCGUGACAGAGAGCGCAACCGGCCUCCACAAACCCCCUUCCGUUGCGAUAUCGCUUAAUGAUGCUGUCUUAAUUGUCUUGGCCUUUAUCCCUAUCGCGUCGAGUGCCACACCCUAAUCGAUCCCCUGUCGAGCGGAAACCCAACGAUCGAAUCCUUUCACCCGAUUGUCGGUCAUGCCCUCCCCUGAACUGGCUAGUCAAUCGAACCCCUCAGACCGGUCUUCCGUUGGUUCUCAGUCGGGCAUGCAAAACGGUUCCGGCUCAUCUGACAUGGGGCAAGGAGGUGUAGACUCCCUGGAUAACGGAACGACUCAGUCCACCAACGGACCUUCAUCGAAUCCCAUCUCAGAAGGAAAACAGAGCUCGCAAGCCAAGAUGGGGGCACCGGCAGGAGAGUCUGUGAAUGAGACUAAUGGCACCCACCAGUCGAACGGUACAAACGGCUCCGCGCAAAGUAGGAAACGAUCGCGCGAUGGAUCCGUCAUUCAUGCUAGCGACAUUUCUGGGGCAAUGACUGUUCGGACGCGCGAGACGCCCGUCGACAAGAUUCUGCUCGACCAAUAUGUCAAUCGCGAAUUCCAAUACUCCGCGGCCGUCGCGUGGGAGAACCCAGCCCAAGAACUACAGCAACAGAAGAGAUCAGAGCGGGACUUCUAUUUUGCCGUGCGUCGCGAAACUCAAGGCAACCCAGCAGCUUUGUUUGGAGUAGGAUACGAAGGAUUUGGAAACCCGCGAUCCGACCUUCGGAAUCAACCCCCACAAUUAUUGUACCCGGCUCAUAGACGUCGGCCCGGGAAUCGCAAAACUCGAGAACUGCGAGUUUCAAGACGGGAUAUGAAGAUACAAAGCGAGCAGAUUGAAGAUCUCGUACCCAUCCGCCUUGACAUUGAUUGGGAAAAGAUCAAGAUUCGAGAUACUUUCACUUGGAAUCUCCAUGACCGUGUCGUGUCGCCGGAUCUGUUUGCCGAAAAAUUGGUGGAAGAUUUGGGACUUUCUUUGGAAACAUCCGCCCCGUUGCUACGUAUGAUUUCGCAGAGCAUUCAGGAGCAGAUUAUGGACUACUAUCCCCAGAUCUACAUGCAAGAAGAACCUCUCGACCCCCAGCUACCAUACACAGCGCAUCGCAACGACGAGAUGCGUAUCCUGAUCAAACUGAAUAUCACUAUCGGCCAACACACGCUCAUCGACCAAUUUGAGUGGGACAUCAAUGAUCCGGAAAAUUCACCAGAGGAAUUCGCCUUGCGUUUGACGGACGAUUUGUCGCUGUCAGGAGAAUUCACGACGGCCAUUGCCCAUUCUAUUCGCGAGCAAUCUCAAUUGUUCACCAAGUCGCUCUACAUUGUCAGCCACCCCUUCGAUGGCCGCCCCAUCGAGGACCCCGACCUCAGCACAUCCUUCCUCCCAACCCCCGUUGCCUCCGCAUUCCGCCCUUUCCAGGCAGCAAAGGAGCACACCCCAUACCUUUACGAACUGAACGAGGCCGACCUCGAGCGCACCGAAAUCUCGAUUUCGCGGGAGCAACGUCGCCAGAAGCGAUCCAUCAAUCGUCGCGGUGGCCCAGCUCUACCAGACCUCAAAGACCGGCAACGUACCAUUCGUACCCUCAUCGUUUCCUCUGUUAUUCCCAACUCCGCACAAUCCUUUGAAGAAAGCAAUGUCAUCAAGCGUUCCGGCUCCAGCCGCCGCCGUGGAUUGGCAGGUACCCGUGGUGACGAUGAGUCUGAUGACUUUGAAAGUGACGACUCGGACGAAGGGUCACCAGCCAUCGGUCCCCAUCUGUCUCAAGGCACUGCCCGUACAAGAGGAAUGAGAGGCGCGGCCACGGCAGCCCAUGCAGCUUUGCGCGCUAGCUUGGGGCAGUCAGCAACACCCGAACCUAUCAUUCAGGAGCCCACCCGAGUGUCGUCACGACGUCAACAGCAAUUGCGAGAAGAAAGUACGGAAGAGCCUGAGAAACUUGUCGUGAAGUUCAAGAUUCCACGAGAUAAACUAGCAGAUCUCCGAAGCGGAAAACGGAUUUUUGACCCGGCUACCCAAGCUGGCGCCAUGGCACCUCCCUCCGACAAACAGAACCGACAGCAUCAUCCCCCUCGACCUCAGCAAACCGGAGCCGUCGACGCACCGAACCCGCCCCAGCAGGGGGUCCCAGGACCCCCUCCGCCUAGCUGGCUUCAGGCUGGUCUGACCCGACUCAAGCAAUCCCAUCCUAAUGACUCGUUUGAAGGAGUGAUGCGAUAUUCUGCUGUGGAUACGGAAACUCUUGCGCCUGUCUCCAAUCCAGCCAAUUUGCAAGCUGGCCAGAAGAUCAAAUAUCAGUAUUUGCCCCGUAUCCGCUGCCAUGACUGCCCUGGAAAGCUUUACACCCCCGGCCCCGGCAUGACGGUAGACAACUUUGAAGUUCACCUGCGCAACCGCCAACACAAGGAGCGUGUUGAAGAACGAAUCAACAAAGUUGGCAGUUUACCGGUCACCCCUGACAUGAGUGGCAGUGCCGGUGCCAGCCCUGCGCCGGGAGCGCCGACCUCUGCCAGUGCCAGUCCGGCCUUGGGUGCUGCUCCAAUCCCUGGUGUCUCUCCUUCCCAGGCCACGGGGCCGCAGCCUUAAGUCAUAUGGUUCUCUUGAUGAAUUUAUGACAACGGCGUCUCGAAUGUGUGGUAUCUUUUGAACUGGACUCCUCUGACUUCGAAUGCCCUGUAUUGUUUCCCAUUCUUCCUAUGGUCAUCUCACUCGACGUGCCUACUCUACCCCUUCGAAUAUUUCCAACUGGUCUAAAGAACAUCCUGUUUUAGCCUUUUCUCUCAUCCGUCUCCUUCUUCUUGAGUUGUAUAGGAUUUUAUUUUUGAGUCUGCAGUGGCAGAGCGAAUUUACUGGUAUUUUUCUCUCCUUUUGGACGGUGCUAGAUCAUCUCUGCAUCGUGAUUGUUUUGUUCUCCUCUUGGCUUUUUGCGCUUUGCUUUAAGAACCAUGUCGUACGCAAUGUGAUAUAGUAGAAUCUUCCGUAAAUGCAGCAAUUACCC